GCGAAUUCGGUGGUAGAUCGCAUACGUAGCUCUUAAUAUUAUGCAUCUAAGCUAUGUUCUAACUACUUGAAUAUAAGAAAUGGAAUCUAAUAACACAAGUGAAAAUAUGGUUCCUGUUCUAGGAUAUUGGGCAAUCAGAGGCCUCGCACAAGUGCCGCGCUACAUGCUCGUCUUCGCUGAAGUGGAGUUUGAAGAGAAGCAGUACACGUGGGGCACCGCCCCCGACUUCGACAGGGGCGAAUGGACCAGCGUUAAAGACAACUUGGGGCUCGAGUUUCCUAACUUGCCGUAUUUCAUAGACGGUGAAGUCAAGAUGACCGAGAGCUCGGCCAUCACCAAGCAUCUGGCCCGGCGCUACAAUUUACUGGGAAGCACUGAAGAGGAACACAUCAGAGUGGACAUGGCAGAGGGCAUCAUUGCUGACAUCCUGUGUGCUGUCUCCACACUCUGCCACGACCCUGAAUUCGAAACCAAACUUGUGACAUUCAUCGAAAACCUAGACGUUUCUCUGCUGAAAUUGGCGAAAUUGAUCAAGAACAACAGCUUCGUCAUCGGUGAAAAGUUGACGUGGGUGGAUUUCGCGUUGUUUGAGCUGCUGGAAAUAUAUUUGGCCGUGGCCCCUGAUAGCCUCGAGAAACACCCCAGCCUGCAAGCCUUCCAUAAACGCAUCCGUGAGCUGCCAGGCGUCAAGGAGUACAGAUUGUCCGAGCAAUUCAGGAAAAUAAAGUGCCGGUUCUUUUCUCCCGAAGCCAUGUUCGGCAGUGGUCUCAAGAAGUGAAGACAUCGCUCCAAAAUGAAAUUAGUUCCAAGUGUAAAUGUUGCGCCCAAGUUUAAAUGUUUCGCACGAUUUCUGAGCCAUAUUUCCAUGCCAAUUCAGAUAAUAGAAAGAAAAGAAAAAGAAAGACAUCGACAGUAAAUGAAAUUAAUUCUUAAUAUAACGGUAUAAUAAAUAAUAAACAUUGACUGCAUCAUGUAACAAAUUACCUAAGUUUUUCCUACGAUUUUAUGAGCCAUAUUUCCCUGCCAGACCAGAUAAAAUCUCGAAAAAAGAAUCCUGAUUUUUCGUAAUUUAUUUGUCUAAAAAAUCAGGCCCCAGUAUCAGAACGUUCUCAUUGAUAGUGUGCUCACCAUUCCAGAAAUAAUCAUAUAUUCCAGUUUUAUUAUCAGGAUGUGAUUAUCCAGAUAAACCAGUAAUUUAUUAUCGGCGACUUAAUAACGAGGUGGUAAUAUCUUGGAAUUGAUUUUAUGUUGAACCUCUGACGUGUGUAGAACCUCUCUUCAACACGCGUAAUACGUGUUCAACCUCUGUGUUACACAUAUAUUCACACAUAUAUUCACGUGUUAAGAUUACUGUAUUAGUUGUCUGUGUCAACCAACGGACGUUACUAAUUCAAUGGCCUCUGCUGAAGCUAAGGAGCAAUAUGCGAAACAAUCAAUCAAACGCGCCUUUAUUUUCUAGACUAUAAUUCAAAUUACAGAUAAUUAAUUACAUUUCCUCUCAGGUUUUGUUGCUGAUGAAACAAAAUCGCACCGAAAGAAAACCAUUCGAUUUAUCGAUAGAAUUAUUUCGUCGUAAUAAGAUGAUGUAUCCGUUGAGAUUAUUUCUACUACAGCGUUCAAGCUAUGGUGAAAAAAACAUUGACUGCAUCGUGUAACAAAUUACUUGAAUCGCUAAAUGAAAGAAUCUAAGACGAAAUUGAAAUUUUCGCUAACGCGGAGGAAGAAUCUGGUGAUCUUGGUGCUUGAACUUGAAUGUUUCUAUAAACUAAACGGUCUCUAUUUUGUUUGUUGAACCCCAUUCAAAUUCGUUGGAUAUUAAAUGUAUAUUUAAUGGCGGGAAAAUGUGCAUAUAGAUGUUAUCUGAAAUAAUAAAAAAUAUAUUUGUUUAGCAUUAUGUCCAUUGCACGUCCCAAUUACCAUUAGAAAUGUCUUUCUUCAGACACCUUAAAGUUUUGUAAAUCGUGCUUUUUGUUUCAUUUUAGCAGUUAGUUAAUAAUGUUAGUUAAUGGAGAAGUGCCUUCUGAAGUUUAUGUGUGUAAAGUUCUUGUAUUUUUAGAUAAAAACUUUCCGGUCUAAGCUCGCGCUGUGACAAUAGACUUGUUCUAUCAUGUCAACUGCAUUUAUAUUUAAUAAAAAAUUUAAUCCUU